AUGAACACCCUAACUCCCUCAACCCUCUACAUACUCCUCCAAGCCCGCUCCACACCAUCCACAUUCCACUGGUCCCUGUACACAACCAACACCCACGGCCCCCUAACCCAGGGCACGAAACACGAUCUCACAGACGAAAAAGCACCACGCCGAGUCUGGUCCUACAAUAGGGCCCCCGCCAAUCUGCUCGAGUCCCAAUCACAGCCGGUCAUCGCAGCCGUCAAGGUGGACGUUAUUGACGAUGUGGAGAUGUUGCGCGGGGCGCUGGAGGAGUGUCUGGGGAAUGUGCCGAGGACGGCGUAUUCGUCGCUGUUUCGGGAGGAGAUGAGUUGUCGGGUUUGGGUGAAGGAGGCGCUGUGGGGGCUGGAUCAGGGCGGGUUUAUUGAUCUUGGGGAUCGGGGGAAUGUAUCGGGGAUUCAGGGCGUGGAGGAGGAGGUGGUUAGGGCUGGGUUGGUGGCGAUGUGGAGGGGGGUUUUUGGGGUUUAUGAAUUGGGUAAAGAGGGUUUUGGGGUAAGAGUGGCUGCGUAG